CCCUGUCGGUGUACAGUGCGCUUUGGUCGACUUGUCUACAGCAUCGCGAGCUUCCGUCAUCUCGUUUCUACUUGACGCACUCCUGGCUGGUGUGCCUAUCGAUGUGGCAAGCAGAGACGAAAAGCCUUCAACGGAAAAGGCUCGUGUUUGGUCAUUUGACGGCCAUCCCGAAUCAUUUUAUCGCCACAACUCGUUACCAGUGCAUUCCAAGUGUUGGUUGCUAGACUGAUUUAGCCAACGCCACAGCCCUUACCAGCGUAUUCAAUGGUGGAGUGAUAAGAUUCUUCUCCUCCCCACCCCGCCUUAGCGUGCCAGUAUGAAUGAGUUAGAUAGCUUACGACAAGAAGCCGAAGCUCUGAAGAAUGCCAUUCGGGACGCGAGGAAAUCUGCCUGCGACACAACGCUUGUCCAGGCGACGGCCAACAUGGAGGCGAUUGGUCGGAUCCAGAUGCGGACCAGGCGGACAUUACGCGGUCAUUUGGCCAAAAUAUACGCCAUGCAUUGGGGAACGGAUUCUAGAAAUUUAGUUUCGGCAUCUCAGGAUGGCAAAUUAAUUGUAUGGGAUUCAUACACGACAAACAAAGUGCACGCCAUACCUCUUCGUUCCAGUUGGGUGAUGACAUGCGCCUAUGCCCCAUCUGGGAAUUACGUCGCCUGUGGCGGCUUGGACAAUAUCUGCUCAAUAUACAGCCUAAAAACACGCGAAGGCAACGUUCGAGUCAGCCGGGAAUUGCCGGGACACACGGGCUAUCUGAGCUGCUGCCGUUUCCUCGACGACAACCAAAUUGUCACCAGCUCGGGAGAUAUGACUUGUGCUUUGUGGGACAUCGAAACGGGACAGCAAACAACGUCAUUUACCGGACACACUGGUGACGUCAUGUCUCUCUCGCUGUCGCCCGACAUGCGCACAUUUGUGUCAGGAGCCUGCGAUGCUUCUGCCAAGCUUUGGGACGUCCGCGACGGAAUGUGUCGCCAGACUUUCUCUGGUCACGAAUCAGAUAUUAAUGCGAUAGGGUUCUUCCCGAACGGUUACGCUUUCGCAACUGGAUCGGAUGACGCCACUUGCCGUUUGUUUGACAUCCGGGCCGACCAAGAGCUGGCCAUGUAUUCGCAUGACAACAUCAUAUGUGGCAUUACGUCGGUUGCAUUUUCCAAAUCCGGUCGUCUCCUGCUGGCUGGUUAUGACGAUUUCAAUUGCAAUGUUUGGGAUUCAAUGAGAACAGAGCGAGCAGGUGUGUUAGCCGGCCACGACAACCGCGUUAGCUGCUUGGGUGUCACGGAAGACGGCAUGGCUGUGGCUACAGGAUCAUGGGAUAGUUUCCUCAAGAUUUGGAACUAACUGUCAUCGUUUCGUGCAAUCAACCGCACCGCGGUCUCACCACAUUGCUAUCAGACGCAGUUUCUAAUUUAUUGACACCUACUUGACGCACACAGCAAGAGAGAGGAGCAUGAUCCAUCAUACAAGUCGUGGGAAAGAUGUUCCACAAUCCAGCCCAACCCAACCCCCCUUCCCCCUUCAUAACCAUUUUCAGCCAUCUUUAGCCAAGGAAGCCCAAAAGAAAAAAAGAAAGAAAGAAAAUCAACAAUGGAUGACCUAACAAAUUAAUCGCGUAACUUUUGAGCCCUUCGUUCACGACAGGACCGAGUCGCCACGGUGAUUCAAAUAGUUUCAAGUUGUGACUCGUGUUGACGCCUCGUUUCAGUUAGCAUCUGCCACUCGUAUGUUUUUAUUUCUCCUUUCAUUUCGUUCUCCAUUUUUAAUUUCCAAUUCUUCUCUUUCUGCCCGACACAUCAGUCGAAUAUUUGACAGAUGUCAACAUUUGUCCCUUAUAGAAAGCUGCUGUAUGGAAAGAUUAUUGCCUUCCUUCAUCCCACAUCUCCCUAAAACAAAAACACACAAACAGCAAAAAACAAAAAACAAAACAAAACAAAAACAAACGAAAAACAAGCAAUGCUCUCUUUCCAGGCCUUUUCUUGGCCUCCAAACUCGAUCACUUUCUUGGAUUGCGGUCCAAGACCAAAGGCCAUUUACGAACCAGAAGCGCAGUAAACAAUUGAAAACAGUAGCACAAAGUUGUCAGCUGGGGUAUAAGGUUUCACACAAUGUCGCUCUCUCCUUUCCGCUCGCGGCCCAACCCUCCCUCCCUCCCACACAAACACACACAUAUACGCACACAUUGAUCCCAUUUCUGUUUCGCUCAGGCCAAUGAAUAAAAAAGAAAAUUCAUUUGUCGUUUCCUCUCCAUGCGUAGAAUCGAUAGAGGACGCGUCGCUUCGUUCGUGCAGGAUGUGUCUAGUCAACAACACCAUCAUUCAUAACUUUUUAUCGUGCUUGUUUAAUGGGUUUUUGCGCACCUUUUGGGUUACCCACCGUCUUGGCUUCUUUCGGGCAGGGGUAGGCGGUGAUUAUUUUUCCUUCUCCUCCUUGCUCUGAUUAUUAAUAUGAUUUUUUUUUUUUUCAUCUUUUAUUUCUGGACUCGAUUAUUAUUAUUAUUAUUAUUCAUUUUUUUUUUUUUUAUAACCCUCCGUACAGUCCUUAACUUCGUCAUUUACUAUCGUGUACAAGCAAAACGCUUCGGAGUUUUCAAUUCGUCAGUGCCGAGUUUUGUUGAUGGAUCGAAAGGGAAGGAGGACAAAAAAAAAAGCGGUUUGAUGAAUUUCUGUCCUAAUUUGUUUUGUCAAAAUCUCAUCGUGAAAUGAAAACGACGAGUUCGCUUUGGGACCACAGGCACAGCGGACUGGUUUGAGAUGCUAUCCUUCCAUUUUACUUAGUGGUUUUUCAAAGAAAAUGACUAUCAUCCAAUUCCCGCAUCGGAAGAAAGAACAGCACAAAAGUCUGAUUUCGUUCAACUAACGUUCGUGAAGAGUAGGAAGUUAAUCUUAAGCUAUUGAUGCGCACAGGAUAAUUUUUCGUUCGUUGGCUAGUUUUUUUUUUUUUUUUCUCCUCAUCUUCAUUUUCUCAGUUCAAGGAAUCGUCAUCUCCCACGCCUCCGUCGAAAUAGCAACACAACGCGUUUACGUGCGGCCUCCUCCUUCCUAUGGUUCUCUUUUCUAUUUUUUUUUUUCUUUUCUUUUCCUUUCUUCUUUUUUUCUUUUUUUUUUUUUUUUUCUCUCGAAUGUCCCUACUAGACGAAGAAUGAUGCGAACGCGGAAGGGCGAGGGUAAAAUUCUCUGUGUAGUUGAGUCAUUCAGCUUUUAUUACCAUGCGGUAUCAUCCAAAUAGGAAUCGAAACAAAAAGAAAAAAGCCCAAAAAAAUGUAAUAGUGAAAAUAAAAAUAAAAAAGUUUAAGAAAAAAAAAACACAAAAAAAAACAAAAAAAAAAAAACAAAAACAAAAAAAACAAGAGAUAAAAAAAAAGGCCAGCGUCUACAACUGCCCAAUGACCGGACCACCUUCGAUGGGGACUGGGAAAGAAGCUGUACAGUAGAAGUGGAAGAUUAUCUUUGUUUGUUUUGGUAUCCGUGAGGCAGUUCCUUUGUUUAUGAUUAAUAUGUUUUUUUUUUUUGUUUGUUUUUUUCCUCCUGAAUUUUCUGAGCGUGUAUCUAACGUACAGGUGCGGUACUAGCUAAUCGCACCAAUGCUAGCACCGCAUCCGUAUGUUGAAAGAACGCGCUUCGUUAUUGAAAACAAGCCAAGUUAGACUUAAAAGUGUUCGUGACGGACUAGUCGCGCGACUCUGUAGCCGCCCAUCAUUGCUCAAAGUCGUGCUCGGGCUCAGGACUACUCCGUCGCAAGACUUUGGAGUUAAUUUGAAUUGUGUGUGUUUGGACUUCGGAUUUUCUUCUCGAAUCCCUUUAAUGGCAAAAUGCGUGUUCGUCCUGCCCACUCCUCCUUCUGCCUACUCCCCCCCCCCCAUCUUCUCCCACUCCAACUUUUUGCUUAGACAGUAUAUCGGUAGAUUUAACCAGCUCUUAUUCACUCGGUUUCCUGCGUUACGUUCCCCUCCCCUCGCCCAUUGAAUUUAAAUUGUUCCCCAAAGAGAACGUGGACCACGACACGAAACAUUUUGAGGGGUUGUACAGUUUCCUGCCCUGCUACAUCCCCACGUUGGCCGGUUUUCGUAUUUACAUGAUAUCCUCACUUUUCAUUUCUCUCUCCUUUCCAUCUUCUUUUUCUCUUUAUUUCUAUCUUGCUAUUUCUUCAACCUUUAGAACCGAACAACUUGACUGAAUGAUUUUUCUCUUUUCACAUUCUCGGACAUUCAUUAAGAAAACCGUUGAUGAUUGAGUCGAUGCUUUAAAUCAAAUUAUUAUUAUUAUUUUUUUUUAUUUUGUUUUUUUUUUUUUUGUGUGCCCUAAUUCAUUCUUGGUUGUUUAUCUCGUGUGUAACGUUUAAAGGAACAAAAAGAAAACAACAAAAAGGAA